AUGUCGGCACUACGGAUGCAGCACUACGCGACGUUCCUCGCGUCGUUCCGCUACAUCAUCAAGUUUCGUCCAACGAAGGAGCAUUACAAUGCGGAUGCAUUUUCCCGUUUGCCGGUCGGUGCGAAGACACCGGACAACGUCGUCGAGGAGGUUGACUUGCUCGAGGUCAGCAUAAUCGAAACACUGCCGCUGACGGUCGACGAUCUCGCGAAGUCGACUGCUGCUGAUUCUACGGUACAAGUGCUACUGCAAGGUCUGAAAAACGGGAAAACGGUGGAAGCCCGCGAUCGGUUCGGAAUCGAUCAAACCGAGUUCGCACUACAACAAGGAUGCAUCAUGCGCGGGAUCCGUGUGUAUGUCCCACCGGAUUUGCGACGGAAGGUGUUAACGGAGCUGCACUCUACUCACUUUGGGACUACACGGCUGAAGUCGCUCGCCAGAGGCUACGUCUGGUGGGAGCGAAUCGACAAGGACAUCGAGGAGCUUGUCCGAUGCUGCGCGGCUUGUCAGAUGACACGCCCUGAUCCAGUGAAAGUCCCUCUACACUGCUGGGAGAAGCCAAAGGAGCCGUUUGAGAGAGUGCACGUGGACUUUGCAGGUCCAUUCAUGGGCACGUACUUUAUCGUGUUUGUGGAUGCCUACACCAAGUGGCCGGAAGUGCGGAUCCUCCGUGACAUCACCACGAGCACCACCAUCCAUGCGUGUCGUGAAUUCUUUGCUUCCUUUGGGAUACCCGCUGUGCUCGUCAGCGAUCAUGGCGUGCAGUUCACGUCGACUGAAUUCCAGAGGUUUUUGCAGCUCAACGGAAUCGUUCACAAGAUGGGUGCUCCGUAUCACCCGGCUACAAAUGGACAGGCCGAGCGUUUUAUCCAAACGUUUAAGAACAAAAUGAAAGCUCUAAGCUGCGACAAGUCGAGGAUGCAUCCGGAGCUCUGCAACAUCCUGCUCAGCUACCGGAAAACCAUACACCCUGCCACCGGAAAGUCGCCUUCAAUGAUGCUGUUCAACAGACAAAUCCGGUCUCGACUUGACCUGAUGGUGCCGAACGCUUCUGCCUCCGCGAAGAAUCCAGAUGUUUGUGCCAAAUCGCUCGCUGAGGGGACGAGAGUCGCUGCUCGUGACUAUUUGGACAAGGAGAAGUGGAAAUACGGCCACGUUGCGGAGAAACUGGGCAAACUUCACUACAACAUCAAGUUGGAUGACGGUCGACUCUGGAAGCGCCAUAUCGACCAGCUACGGGAGGUCGGUGCUAACCUGCCAGCACGCUCUACGCUGCCGGCAAUUCCUGUGGAGAUGGAAACUGUUCCAGCUGUUCCACGAAGCGAUGUCCCGACACAGACUCCAUGUGCUGCCGUUCCGCCGCCAAUAACUGCGGCAACCCCGAUUGCUGAACCACAACCUUCGACGAGUGCAUCUGCUGUACCCCGGCCGAACGUACCACCUGCGGUACCUGAGCCAAGGUCGCAGAUCCCUGGAGUACGCGCAGAACCCAACUACCAUCAAUCACCAAGGCGAUCAUCAAGGAUUAUAAAACCGCCUCGGAGACUUGAUCUGUAG